ACGUCUGAAAAUGUCAAUGUAACCAUCGGUCUAGAGUGGAAUCUCCUGUCUGUAUAUCACUGCCUUUCUGCCAUGAGUGGGUGCCCAUUUUUAGGAAAUAAAUUUGGAUACAAUUCUCAAACGUUCUCAGUAGAAAACAAUGAUGAAGACAAUUCACAAAGUGGUGUGAAUAAAGCCAGCAAAGGCGGACUUAUCUAUGGGAAUUACCUACAUUUGGAAAAAGUUUUGAAUGCACAGGAACUUCAAAGUGAACUAAAAGGACAUAAAAUUCACGAUGAACAUCUUUUUAUCAUAACUCAUCAAGCCUAUGAACUCUGGUUUAAACAAAUCCUCUGGGAAUUAGAUUCGGUUCGAGAGAUCUUUCAGAAUGGUCAUGUCAGAGAUGAAAGGAACAUGCUAAAAGUUGUUACUCGAAUGCACCGUGUGUCUGUGAUCUUUAAAUUGCUGGAACAGCAGUUUGCUGUGCUUGAAACGAUGACAGCCUUGGACUUCAAUGACUUCAGAGAUUACUUAUCCCCAGCAUCAGGCUUCCAAAGUCUGCAAUUCCGACUACUAGAAAAUAAGAUAGGUGUCCUGCAGAAUUUGAGAGUGCCUUACAAUAGAAGACAUUAUCGAGAUAACUUCAAAGGACAUGAUAAUGAACUACUCCUGAAAUCUGAGCAAGAAAAAACUCUUUUGCAACUAGUGGAGGCCUGGCUGGAAAGAACACCAGGUUUAGAGCCACAUGGAUUUAACUUCUGGGGAAAGUUGGAAAAAAACAUUGUCAAAGGUCUGGAAGAAGAAUUUUCAAGGAUUCAGGCUAAUGAAGAAUCAGAAGAAAAAGAGGAGCAAAUAGCUGUCUUUCAGAAACAAAAAGAAGUGUUACUUUCCUUAUUUGAUGAGAAACGACAUGAACAUCUUGUUGGUAAAGGUGAAAGACGACUAUCAUAUAGAGCUCUUCAAGGGGCCUUGAUGAUAUAUUUUUACAGAGAAGAGCCUCGGUUCCAGGUCCCUUUUCAGUUGCUGACAUCACUUAUGGACAUAGAUUCACUCAUGACCAAAUGGAGAUAUAACCAUGUGUGCAUGGUGCACCGGAUGCUGGGCAGCAAAUCGGGCACUGGUGGGUCCUCCGGGUAUCAGUACUUGCGCUCUACAGUGAGUGACAGGUACAAGGUAUUUGUAGAUUUAUUUAACCUUUCCACAUAUUUGGUUCCCCGGCACUGGAUACCAAAGAUGAACCCAAUCAUUCACAAGUUCCUGUACACAGCAGAAUAUUGUGACAGCUCCUACUUCAGCAGUGAUGAGUCGGAUUAAAUAAUCUCAAAGCAUCUAUGAAGAACAUCAAUUUCCCUGUUUGUAUAUUUAAGAUUUCUCUAACUUUUCAUAAGCACACAGUAGAACCCUAAUGUACUAUAUGUAAAUACAUAA